UAGUCAACAGGGUGCUGUUUGCAAAAGUUUAUUGAUGGCUAAAUAUAAAGCCCAUUAGUUUGUUUAUAAUAUGCAUUAUAAAUAAAAGUAUAUGAAAUAAAAAUUUUAAUUUGCAAAUUUCAAUUAACAAUGCGACGUCACUUGCAACUGAGCAUUAAACAGCUAACUGCCGGUUACAUCAAUGGACAACUCUCUCCUCUACAAGUGGCGGAACAGGCACUCGAGGAUGCCGUUAAGCUAAAGACACUGAAUGCCUUGGUGCGUGCGACACCCGAAUUGGCGAGACAGCAGGCUCAGGAAUCCACAGAGCGCUAUACAAAGCAGCAACCUAUUGGCGAGCUAGAUGGCAUAACUGUGGCCAUAAAGGAUAAUUUCUGCACUGCCAAUGUGCACACAACUUGCGCCUCCCGCAUGCUACAGGACUUUGUGCCACCCUACGAUGCAACGAUGAGUGCAAGAUUGCGUGAAGCGGGCGCAGUGUUGGUGGGCAAAACGAACAUGGAUCAGUUUGCCAUGGGCGCUGGCACCGUGGAUUCCAUUUACGGACCCACUAAGAAUAUAUGGAGCGAGGACUUGGCUUCCCAGGAUAAUUGGCGCAUAGCUGGCGGUAGCUCAGGUGGCUCGGCAUCAGCUGUUGCCGCUGGCUUGUGUUAUGCCGCCAUUGGAUCUGACACGGGUGGUUCAACUAGAAAUCCUGCCUCGUACUGUGGUGUGGUGGGUCUUAAGCCCACUUAUGGUCUUUGUUCCCGACAUGGCUUAAUUCCUUUGGUCAAUUCUAUGGAUGUGCCUGGCAUUUUAACACGUUCGGUCAGCGACUGCGUUCAAGUGCUGAAUGCAGUGGCAGGACCAGAUCCAUUGGACUCCACUAGUGUACAGAGGCCAUACAAAAAGUUGCAACUGCCUGAAGUCGACCAAAUUGAUUUGAGCUCCUUGAGGAUUGGCAUACCAAAGGAAUAUCACUGUGAUGAGCUCUCAGCCGAGGUGCUGGAAACGUGGACCAAGGUAGCUGAUCUACUAGAGACUGCUGGCGCUAAAGUGCGCCAAGUGUCGCUGCCAAACACAGCAGCGAGUAUAUUCGUCUAUACUAUUCUGAAUCAAUGCGAGGUGGCCAGCAACAUGGCACGCUAUGACGGCAUUGAGUAUGGACAUCGUGCAGCCGAUGAACGCAGCACCGAACAGCUUUAUGCCCAAUCUCGGGCAGAGGGUUUCAAUCAGGUUGUCAAAACACGCAUACUGACGGGUAAUUUUCUGCUGUUACGCAAGAAUUACGAUCAUUACUUUGAGAAGGCAUUGCGAGUUCGUCGCCUGAUUGCUGAGGACUUUGCCAAAGUAUUUGAGACGCAGCAAGAAGCGGAUAAAGUGGACAUAUUGCUGACUCCUACAACGCUAAGUGAUGCACCAGUUUAUAAGGACUUUAUAACGCUGAGCAAUCGUGAUCAGUGUGCUGUGCAGGACUUUUGUACACAGCCCGCUAAUAUGGCUGGUAUUCCAGCGGUCUCGAUUCCUGUGCGUUUGUCUAAAGCUGGUUUGCCUUUAAGCCUGCAAUUGAUGAGUAACAGCUUUAACGAACAACUGCUGCUGACUGUGGCACGCUGGAUAGAGGCAGAAGUCAGUUUCGAUAGUCUACAGAGCCUACAGAGACAUGCAAUUUAAUUGUGACUUAAAUUAGUAUGAAUUUGCAAAUUAAGUUUCUAAGUGCAAAUUCAAACGUUUAUGGAGCAGUGCUAGAAAUAUCGAAAUGGGCUCAAUAAAUCGAUAACAGAUGUGUGCUGUGAUUGCGUUGUUGUUUGGUUAAUUGUGGCGAAU